GGAGGAUAUGGUGAAGCUGUGAGCAAAGUUGUAGAAUUUAUGUAUACCAGUCAAAUAAACCUUUCUACGUCUCUGGUAUGUCAAGUAAUAGAGAUUGGGAAAAUCAUGCAAAUGGAUAAACUACUGCAGUUUUGUGAGAGUUUUCAAAGUGGUGAAGAUAAUAACAUUCCACGAGAUACAGCAACAUGCACCACAGGUUUACAGGAAAUUGCAAAUUUAUUGGGAUCUCGUGCAAAGACUAUAAAACGAGCAGAUGCAUCCACGGCCACAGAAGAAUCUAUGUUUAGAAAAGUAGAUGACAAAAAUAACCCUGAAAUGAUUUUAUCUGAACCAGAGAAAUGUUCAGUUACCUUAAUAGAUUCACUAUGUCUUCCACAAAUGGGAACACAUGAAGAUGUGAUGUCUAAAUCUGACUCACAGAUUGAUAAUUCAGCGCAAUGUUGUGAGAAGGAAAGUGUUGCAGAUGUACCACC